AUGAGUAGUAAUAUCACCACUUCAACGGCACUCAGUCCAUCUACUAAAGCGAAUGAAGAGUGUUACUGUGAUCCUACAAUUGCAUUCUAUGGAUGUAAUCAAAAGGCGUGCGAUGCUCAAUCUAUUGCUUUCCUAAUAUUAUUUAUACCACCAAUGUUGAUUUCAACCUAUCGUAUAAUUAGGAUGAUUCAAACGAGAACAACAAACAAUAGAUGGUCACUUGUUUCUCACAUAUUUCUUGCAUCUGCCUGUUUCAGAAAGAUUUUAAUUUCCGCCCAGGUUUUAUUAUUAUUGCUAAUGAUUAUUGGUAGUAUUGUUAACUGGCCAUAUUAUGCAACAAAUAUAGUAUUUGGAUUUUAUGUAGGAAUUGGAGCUAUUGGAUUUGCUGUAUUUGGUAAAAUGAUUUGGAACGAAUAUCAAAUUGUAUCAAGUAAAGACUGCGGUGUUUUCAGUGAAAAGACACACGGAAAGAUUAAAAAGGUUACAAUGCUUUCAAAGAUCGCGAUAGUUGUUACAUUUAUGACUUUUGCUGUAAUUGUAUGGGCAGCAGUUGCCGACCCACCAUUGGAAAUCAAAAAUCUUUUGGCUUUCUCAGUGGUUGUAAGAAUAAUCGAAAUUUCAUGGACUUUGUCUAUGUUGCUGGUGCUUUCUCCAUCUUUGCAAACCUGGGGUCCAGGCAACUCCAAUAAGAUGUCUGGUACCAAUUUCGACGACGAUGAAGAAGAGGCCGAUCAUACACCAAAAGAUGAUAAAGAAAAAGAAAAAGAAAAAGAAAAGGAAAAGGAAAAGGAAAAAGAAAAAUCAGGUGCAGAGGUUAAAGAAACUAAUAAUCAAUCGAAUGCUGAAUCUAUAGUUGAUAUUCAAUCCACUCCAGGUGGAUCAGAUGUAUAG